AUGGAUACCGAUAAUAAUUACACAGCUAACGAUGCUUAUAAGGUCACGGUAUAUUUGAACGACAUGCCUAUUUUGAUGCAGAUCGACACCGGGUCAAAGUAUAGUAUUCUACCGAUUCAUAUCGCGAAAAAGAUUGGAGUAAAAAUCUUAAAUAAAUCAGAUAUUAAAUUAACUGGUUAUGAUGGAAACACAAUAAAUGUUUUAGGAACUACCAAAGUCAAGGCAAAAUUCGAAGACAAAAGUCAAAUCUUAACUGCUUAUGUAGUCCAGAGUGAUAAGAUUGCACUGUUAGGAAGGACCUGGAUAGCAGUCUUUAGAAAUAUACUAGAUAGAUUUGUAAACUUAGUCGAAGAAGAUUAUGACAAUACUAUUCAAGAACUGAUCAAACAAUGCGAGUCAAAACUUAGCAAGAAACCAAUACUACGCAACUAUGUCAAACUACAUCUAAAACAAGGUGCUACACCGAAAAUCAUACCUCCCAGGCGUGUACCUUAUUCAAGAAUUGACUUGGUUACAAAAGAACUACAGAAGUGGAUAAGCGACAAAAUAAUCGAACCUGUUGAAGAGGUAAGAUGGGCCAGUCCUCUCACUCCUGUUGUCAAGAGCGAUGGUUCAAUUCGGCUAUGUGUUGACUUCAAGAAUACUAUUAAUCCUGCGUUAGAGGAUUUCAAGUACCCAAUUCCACGCAUCAAUGACCUUAUGGCAAAGUUAUCGAAAGGCAAAAGAAUCAAGAGAUUUUCUCACUAUUUCAACUCAUAA